AGUAUCAGCUUGUUUUUUUGUUUACUUUGAAAGAACUCCCUCUAUCUUAACCAUAUUCUUGUGUUUGAUUUCUUUUCUUCCUAGGAUUUAAGGCCACAAUUAGGUGAAAAGGAAAUAAGAGAAAUCCAGUAUUUGUUUUUUCUCAAGUUACUAUUUGCUGCACACAGCUUAUCAGCAUCACUCCGGAGCUCUUCUCAAAUGCUUCAUCUCCACCACUACACUUCUCUUCCUCUGCAUCCCUCUUCCUCUUCCACCAUCAACAAGCACAAAAGUUCAAUCUUUUCAUCUGGGUUCACGGUUUUCAGAGAUGAUGAAUUGGCGGGACUUAAGAAAAUCAGAAGAAACGGCUCACUGAAUGCUGUGGAGAAUGAUUCGGGUUUUGAGGUUGACCCGGAUAAGGCCCGUGAAGCUUUGAGAAAACUUGAUGAGCAGCUUCAGUCUCUCUCCAAGAAGCAAGUCAGCCCACCAAAAAUUAGAGCUGUGGACCUUAAUCAGUCAAGCUCCGUGGAAAAAGAAGAAACUUCAGAGUUCUCAGGAUCCUUUUUGGCUUAUAUAGCUACUGGCCUACUGCUUUUUACCAUUUUCUAUAACGUUAUAUUUCUUGCAGUUAUAAAGCCAUCAAUAGACGGACCAGAGGUCGUUCCAUCUGCAAGUAUGGUUGAAAAGGCUCUAGAAGGAGCACCGCUACAACCAUCGUCAAGAAGCGAGCCAUGAGAAAUUUGUGUUCUUAGUACGCAAGCAAUUUCUUGACUUACAUUACAAUAUUGUUUGUACAAUCAUGAACAUCAGUAUCUCAUUACCGUUUUGAAAUAUUUUCAGUGAGAAUUGUCUUUA